AUUAACAAACAUUUUUUAAAAUUAUUUUAGAGUUUCCAACUUUCCAUGGUUUAAAUUUGGAGUAGGUCCAGGUUCAGGCAGUCCUUUCUUUCAUUUAUUACAGUAAGACCCUCAAUAAAUGAAGCUCUAACUUUAUGUUCUUAGUAAAAUUCUUUUUCUCCUUUACCAAAAGCUUCCAACUGAGACUACUCUCUGUAAAUCUUUGAUCUCUCUCACACUCUCAGUGAGAAAUUUUUUUGAGCUCAUUUAAUGGUUUUUGUCUAGUUACCUCUCACUCAGGUUAAGCUCAAGAAAUUAAAGUUUUCUUGUUUUUGGUUGGUACCUACAGCUCAAAAAUCACUCUCAAGAACUACUACUAGUAGUAGUGGUACUGGUACUACAUUCUAGGGUUUCUCAGCUUUCCCUAUGAUUCAAGAUCACACCAGUUUUUCAACUUAAAAAGAAGAUGAAGCAGCAGCAGCAGCUCCUGGUUAGGGUUUUUAGUGUUUGGUUGUUGGUGGUUACUGUUGUAAUGGCUCAGCUGCCAUCAAAAGAUAUAUUAACACUACUUGAGUUUAAGAAAGGAAUAAAGAAUGAUCCAACUGGUUAUGUACUGAACUCAUGGAAUGAAGAAUCUAUUGAUUUUAAUGGGUGUCCAUCUUCAUGGAAUGGCAUUGUUUGCAAUAAUGGUAAUGUUGCUGGUAUUGUACUUGAUAACCUAAGUCUUUCUGUUGAUGCAGAUUUAAGUGUUUUUUCUAAGCUGAGUAACCUUGUGAAGAUAUCUAUGGCUAAUAAUUCUAUUACUGGUAAAAUUCCUAGUAACAUUGCUGAUUUUAAAGCUUUAGAGUAUCUUGAUUUAUCUGAUAAUUUGUUCUCUUCGACAUUGCCGCCGGGUUUGGGGAAGUUAGAGAGUUUGAAAAAUCUUUCAUUAACUGGGAAUAAUUUGUCUGGUUCAAUUCCUGAUUCAAUUAGUGGGUUAACAUCAGUUAUGUCACUUGAUUUGAGCCGGAACUCGUUUACCGGUUCAUUGCCUGAUUCUUUGACUGAUUUGAAAAGCUUAGUGUCUUUAAAUCUGUCGAAUAAUGGGUUUACGAAGCGAAUUCCAUCUGGGUUUGAGGGUGUUACUACUCUUAAGGUUAUUGAUUUGCAUCAGAAUAAACUCGAAGGGACAAUUAGUGAAGUGUUUUUGUUGGAGUCAAGUGCAGUUCAUGUUGAUUUUAGUGGGAAUUCGUUUACCAGUUCUGCUUCUCAGGAGAAGAAAUUUUUGCCUGGAAUUUCAGAGACUAUAAAGUAUUUGAAUCUGAGUCAUAAUCAGUUUACUGGGUCAUUGGUAAGUGGUGGUGAGCUUCCAAUUUUUGGGAGUUUGAGGGUUUUGGAUCUAAGCUACAAUAAAUUUGCAGGGGAAUUACCUGAGUUCAAUUUUGUGUAUGAACUUGAGGUUUUGAGACUUAGUAACAAUGGGUUUACAGGGUUCUUACCUAAUGGACUUCUUAAAGGUGAUUCUAUGGUCUUAACUGAAUUGGAUUUGAGCUCUAACAAAUUAUCAGGGCCAAUUAGUAUGAUCACAUCAACGUCUCUACGUGUAGUGAAUCUCUCUUCAAAUGAAAUUUCUGGUGAACUUCCUUUGCUCACUGGAAGCUGUUUUGUACUAGAUCUAUCGAAAAAUCAGUUCAAUGGUAACUUAUCCCGAAUGGUAAAGUGGGGGAACUAUAUUGAAUUUCUUGAUCUUAGCCAGAAUCAGUUGAUGGGAUCAGUCCCUGAAGCAGCAACAGAGCUUUUACGGCUAACUCACCUUAACCUCUCACAUAAUUCUCUGAAUAAUUCCUUGUCUAAAGUUUUUACUCAAUAUCCUAAGCUCAAAGUACUUGAUCUGAGUUUCAACCAGUUCAAUGGUCCAAUGUUGAAUGAUCUGCUUACCUCACCCACAUUGCAAGAACUUCAUCUUGGAAACAACCUUCUUGUUGGGCCAAUCAAUUUCUCUCCUUCUCUGAGCAAGUCCAACAUUAAGGUUAUCGAUCUUUCUCAUAACCAGUUUAAGGGCUAUUUCCCUGACCAAUUUGAAUCCUUGACUGGCCUUCAACAACUUGAUCUUGCUGGAAAUAAUUUCUCAGGUUCUCUGCCAUCGUCAGUGUCUAAUCUGAAAUCCUUGAUUUCACUAGAUAUAUCUCAAAACCAGUUUACAGGUUCAUUGCCAGAAAACUUUCCUUCGACUCUUGGUAGCUUCAAUGCAUCAUAUAAUGAUCUCUCGGGGCGUGUCCCUGACAAUCUAUUGAAGUUUCCAGACUCUUCUUUCCAUCCUGGAAAUUCUCGCUUAGAACUUCCAGAAAACCGCCCUGGCGCAAGAAAUCCUUCAGACGAUAGCUCCAAAAGAAAAUCAGUCAAAAAUUCCAUCAAAGUGGUAGUGAUAGUGACAUGUGUUGUUGCUUUGGUAAUUCUAAUUUUGCUAGCAAUUUUCCUACAUUAUGUUCGGAUGUCAAGGAGAUCUACAACUAAAAAUGUGUCGAGCAAAGAUGUUCUUAGGCGGAGCACACCAGAUCCCACUGGCUUUAAUGGAAGAGAAAGUGGAGGCGCCGUAGUUGUUUCAGCUGAUGAUCUUAUGGCUGCACGCAAGGGAUCUUCAUCUGAGAUAAUAGCCCCAGAGGAGAAAAUUGCUGCAGUCACAACUUUGUCUCCAUCUAAAACAAGUCAGAAAUCCUGGUCUCCAGAUUCUGGGGAUUCAUUCACUCAAGAGAACCUUGCAAGAUUGGAUGUAAAAUCACCAGAUCGAUUGGCCGGAGAGCUUCAUUUUCUGGAUGAGACCAUCAAGCUGACACCAGAGGAACUGUCAAGAGCACCUGCUGAAGUGCUAGGGAGGAGUAGCCAUGGGACUUCGUAUAGGGCAACUUUGGAUAAUGGAGUUUUUCUGACUGUGAAAUGGUUAAGAGAAGGAGUGGCUAAGCCAAGGAAGGAAUUCUCCAAGGAGGCUAAGAAAUUUUCAAACAUCAGACACCCAAAUGUAGUGGGACUGCGAGGAUACUACUGGGGACCUACUCAGCAUGAAAAACUCAUUCUCUCUGAUUAUAUUGCGCCUGGAAGCCUUGCAAGCUUUCUCUAUGAUCGACCAGGUAGGAAAGGUCCACCAUUGCCCUGGACACAGCGACUGAAGAUAGCCGCAGACGUUGCACGUGGAUUAAACUACCUACAUUUUGACCGCGAAGUUCCACAUGGCAACCUCAAAGCAACAAACAUACUCUUAGACGGGCCUGAGCUCAAUGCUCGUGUUUCUGAUUAUUGUCUGCAUCGGCUCAUGACGCAAGCAGGAACUUUGGAACAAAUUCUUGACGCAGGGGUGUUAGGCUACCGCGCACCAGAAUUGGCUGCAGCCAAGAAGCCAUCCCCUUCCUUCAAGUCAGAUGUGUAUGCAUUUGGAGUCAUAUUAUUAGAACUCUUAACAGGGAAAUGUGCUGGGGACGUGGUUUCUGGCGAUGAAGGUGGGGUUGAUUUGAUGGAUUGGGUAAGAUUAAGAGUGGCAGAAGGCCGUGGAUCGGAUUGUUUCGAUUCCACAUUGGCGUCAGAGAUGGGAGUAUCAACAGCCGAGAAAGGAAUGAAAGAGGUUUUGGGCAUUGCUUUGAGAUGUAUAAGACCAGUUUCAGAGCGGCCAGGGAUUAAAACUGUUUAUGAAGAUCUUUCUUCUGUAUAAUUCAAACAACCAUUCUGUUAUUUUGUUUUUAGAAGUAGGAUUUUUCUUUUUUAAUCUUGUAAGUGUAUCUGAAAGAAGUGAAUGCCUCAUUUGCCUCUAUUUCAGAGUUUGGUUUCUCUUUUUUUUGUUGGGGUUGUCAGGUGAAUAGAGGUUAUGUUCAUUAAAGUUUGUGCAUCAA